AUGGCAGAAAAUCAAACAACUAGCUCAUGGAGGGGUUUUACAAAAGAUACCUGGAGGGCUUAUCCAUAUACUCCAUCUUUUGAAGCUGCAAUAAUAUUCAGUGCAUUUUUUGGGUUGGCAACUAUAUUCCAAAUUAUUCAGAUAUUUAAUGCUAUUCUACAAAAAGACACAACUAGAAAACGUGUAUUGUAUAUUUUUCUUCCGUUUUUUCUAGGAGGGAUUUUUGAAACACUUGGUUACAUUGCUCGAGUAUUUUUAAGCUUGGAUGUAACUAAAUUUGGACCCUACAUCAUACAAAUGUUCCUAUUAUUAUUAGGACCUGUAUUAUUUGCUGCUACAUUAUACAUGUCUUUGGGAAGACUAAUUGAACGUAUGCAUGGUCAAGAAUAUUCUAUCAUUUCAUUAAAGUACUCGACGAAAAUAUUUGUUAAGGUGAUGUUAUCUCUUUCUUUUAUUGCCCAACUUGCUGGUGUUGGUAUUUUAGCUGGUGGUACUCCAGGUACAGGUAAGAAAAUAGUUGUUGGAGGGUUAAUUGUUCAAUUAGUUACUUUCAGUAUGUUUAUCAUAGUGGGAUUAGUAUUCUAUUACAAACUCACCAAGUAUCCAAGUGAAAUUGCAACUACAACUAGACGCUAUCCCUCAAAAUUCAAUAAUUGGAAUUCUAUACUAAUCGUUCUUUUUUUCUGUUCGGUAUCGAUAUUUGUAAGAUCUAUUUACAGGUUGAUCGAGUACACUCAAGGAGAUGAUGGAUAUUUGAUGUUUCAUGAACCUUUUCUUUAUUGUUUUGAUGCAGCUCUUAUGUUUUUGAAUAUGUUUCUCUUUCUUUCUCAAGAUAUCGGAAAAUAUUAUAUUACGAUCGGUACCGUCAAACUUGAUGCAUCUCGAAUUGAGGUAUGCGAGCUGUCAGGGACGCUAGCCCUGCAGUUAAGCGCACUCCCAUAUAAAAAUUUAAGACUUGGGAGGGCCCUGAUGUCUACUCCUAACUGA